AUGACCAACAAUCUGUCAAAUGGCUGCGCUGACCACACGGCCCGGAAGAAAGCUCCCUGCAAUCAACAGGUUGAACAGUUGAAAACUUCAGGCUACAAGCAGAACAGAAGUCGCUCUCUGACUGCUCCAAUUUUGGAGUACCAGAGUGUCCCAGGGAGUACCAGUACCCAGGAGUACCAGAGUGUCCCAGGAAGUACCAGAGUGUCCCAGGGAGUACCAGUCUCUCCCAGGGAGUACCAGUGUCUCCCAGGAGUACCAGAGUGUCCCAGGGAGAACCAGUCUCCCAGGAGUACCAGAGUGUCCCAGGGAGUACCAGUGUUUCCCAGGGAGUACCAGUGUCUCCCAGGAAUACCAGAGUGUCCCAGGGAGUACCAGAGUCUCCCAGGGAGUACCACAGGAGUGUCCCAGGGAGUACCAGAGUCUCCCAGGGGAGUACCAGUGUCUCCCAGGGAGUACCAGUGUUCCCAGGAGUACCAGUGUCUCCCAGGAGCAACGAGUCUCCCAGGGAGUACCAGUGUCUCCCAGGGAGUACCAGUGUCUCCCAGGGAGUACCAGUGUCUCCCAGGGAGUACCAGUGUCUCCCAGGGAGUACCAGUGCUCCCAGGGAGUACCAAGAGUGUCCCAGGAGAACCAGUGUCUCCCAGGGAGUACCAGAGUGUCCCAGGAGUACCAGUGUCCCCAGGAGUGCCAGUGUCUCCCAGGGAGUACCAGAGUCCCAGGGAGUACCAGUGUCCCCAGGGAGUACCAGAGGAGUACCAGUGUCUCCCAGGGAGCACAGAGUGUCCCAGGAGAGCCCCAGUGUCUCCCAGGGAGUACCAGAGUGUCCCAGGGAGUACCAGUGUUCCCAGGGAGUACCAGUGUCUCCCAGGAAUACCAGAGUGUCCCAGGGAGUACCAGAGUCUCCCAGGGAGUACCAGAGUGUCCCAGGAGUACCAAGUGUCUCCAGGGAGUAGCCAGUGUCUCCCAGGGAGUGCAGUGGUCUCCCAGGAGUACUCAGUGUCUCCCAGGAGUACCAGAGUCUCCCAGGAGUACCAGUGUCUCCCCAGGGAGUACCAGUGUGUCCCAGGGAGUACCAGUGUCUCCCCAGGGAGUACCAGUCUCUCCCAGGGAGUAGCCAGUGUCUCCCAGGGAGUACCAGAGGUCCCAGGAGAACCAGUGUCCCCAGGGAGUACCAGAGUGUCCCAGGGAGUACCAGUGUCUCCCAGGGAGUACCAGUGUCUCCCAGGGAGUACCGGAGUGUCCCAGGGAGUACCAGUGUCUCCCAGGGAGUCCAGUGUCUCCCAGGGAGUACCAGAGUCUCCCAGGGAGUCCAGUGUGUCUCCCAGGGAGUACCAGAAUGUACCAGAGUCUCCCAGGGAGAGUACCAGUGUCUCCCCAGGGAGUACCAGAGUGUCCCAGGGAGUACCAGUGUCUUCCAGGGAGUACCAGUGUCUCCCAGGGAGUACCAGUGUCUUCCAGGGAGUACCAGUGUCUCCCAGGGAGUACCAGUGUCUCCCAGGGAGUACCAGAGUCUCCCAGGGAGUACCAGUGUCUCCCAGGAGUACCAGUGUCUCCCAGGGAGUACCAGUGUCUCCCAGGGAGUACCAGUGUCUCCCAGGGAGUACCAGAGUCUCCCAGGGAGUACCAGUGUCUCCCAGGAGUACCAGUGUCUCCCAGGGAGUACCAGUGUCUCCCAGGGAGCAGUGUCUUCCAGGGAGUACCAGUGUCUCCCAGGGAGUACCAGUGUCUUCCAGGGAGUACCAGUGUCUCCCAGGGAGUACCAGUGUCUCCCAGGGAGAACCAGAGUCUCCCAGGGAGUCUUAG